CUGGGGUUGGAUGGAGAGAGGUAGAGCUGAGAAUGAACGGAGGAGAGGGAAGCCUUUGCACAGCACAGAUGAUGAAUUGCAAAUUGAUUGCAUGUGACCCCCGACUUGGAGACCUGUACAGAGUGAAUCUGGACUAAAGGCUGGUUCUUGGGGACACUUCCGGAGGUGGGGAGAAAAGAACUUUAUGUGCUGAAUAGAUGUGGUACUGGGUUUUCCUGUGGGCUCUCUUCUCUUCUCUCUUUGUCCAUGGUGCUGUAGCAGUGUUAAUGUUUGUGAUGCUGCAGAGGCAUAGGCAGGGGAGACUAAUCUCUGUCAUUGUGGUCAGCAUUGGAUUUCUGGGUUCUGUAACUGGAGCAAUGAUAACUAGUGCUGCAGUAGCUGGAAUUUACAGAGUAGCAGGGAAGAAUAUGGCUCCCUUGGAAGCGCUUGUGUUUGGAGUCGGACAGACAGUAUUGACAUUGAUUAUCUCGUUUUCAAGGAUUCUUGCUACACUCUAAGACUUCUGUGAAAACUGGUUUCAGGAGCUGGUGGACUUGAAUUAGUGCAAAAGGGAUUGUGUGAGAUGCCUAGGGGUUCCACCCAGUGGGACAGGACUGCCCUAUGCUGUCCAAACUGUUGUACUAUUGCACUGCACCUUUUGUGCCUCAGUCACCAGGCAAGGUGCAAUCAGUGUGUACAAAGUUGAGGGGUAAAGCACCUUGAAUAGCUGCCAAUCAAGUUAAUAUUUGGUGAUGAGAUCAUUCUUGACAGUGUUGUGAUAAAAUACUGGCACACUUCUGAAGAAUUGGUACAUAUAUAUGUACCAAACUU